AUGCAAAAAUGGGGAUCAUUAUUGGCUGCUGCAGCAUCUAUAACGUCAGCGCUUAUCAUUUUUAAACGACUUUAUGAUGAUUUCAAGACAGAGCCUGAGAGGUUGACUCUGCUACCUCCUAAGAGUAGAGGAAUAGAAUCAUUGAUUGGGAAUACUCCAUUAAUCGAAAUCAAAUCGUUGUCUAGUUUAACAGGCUGCAAAAUAUAUGCUAAGAUGGAGCUAUUUAAUCCAGCAGGGAGUGCCAAGGAUAGGGUUGCAUUAUCAAUUAUAAGAGAAAAUGAAAGAUUGGGCAGGCUUAAACCUGGCAACGGUGACAUUAUUUUUGAAGGUACUUCUGGAUCCACAGGCAUUUCAUUUGCCACUUUGGCAAAUGCUCUAGGAUAUACAGCUCAUAUAUGCCUUCCAGAUGAUACUUCGCCUGAGAAGAUAAUGUUGUUACGAUCAUUGGGUGCGGAAAUACAAUUGGUCAAGCCUGCUUCUAUUGUAGAUCCUGACCAAUAUACAAAUAUUGCACGCAGACUCGCCGACGAGAUAAAUUCAAAUCAUGAUGAUCCAAGGAAUGCUAUAUUUGCUGAUCAAUUUGAGAAUGAGUUUAAUUGGAAAGUACAUUACUCAACGACGGGACCCGAGAUCUGGAAGCAGAUGGAGCAUGACAUUUCGUUAUUUAUCACUGGUUCUGGGACAGGUGGGACCAUUACUGGCGUGUCAAAAUUUUUAAAGGAACAAGACGAGAAUAUCAAGAUUAUAUUGGCAGAUCCCCAGGGUUCUGGCUUGGCCAAUAGGAUUAACUAUGGCGUAAUGUAUGAUACAGUUGAAAAAGAGGGAACAAGAAGACGACACCAAGUUGAUACUAUCGUUGAGGGAAUAGGACUUAACAGACUUACUCGAAAUUUUAAACAAGGUGAGGGCUAUAUUGAUGAAGCUAUUCGGGUAAAUGACGACGAGGCAGCAAAAAUGGCUAAAUAUCUUUGCCUUAACGACGGAAUAUUUUGGGGUCCAUCUGCUGCAGUGAACUGUGUAGCAGCCCUUAAAAUUGCAUACCAGUAUGGUCCUGGCCAUAAGAUUGUACUCAUUGCUUGCGAUUCAGGAGAGCGGCACUUGUCAAAAUUUUGGAAGAGAGCUGUUAAUGUCUCUGAAGACGUAACAAUUGACGAUAUAUUACAGGAAGAUUGUUAA